AUGGAAGGAAACAUGAAAGUUUGGAUUUUGGCACUAUGGGUUUUGUUAGUGGCAAUUCACGAUCACCAUGUCGUGGCAAACGAUGCUGGCGUUUAUACUCAUGCCGAGCCUAUAGUUCCACUGCAUGCCUCCGAAGAAGGUAGGAAGGCUAUCAAUGAUUCAAAGCCGUUUUCCAUCGUCGGGGCAGGCAGUAAACUCUGCGUUUCAGUGAACAGAUUCGUGCCCCAGCUAGUGGAUUGCAAGGCCGACACAAAAGAGCAAAAAUGGGAGUUCCAUACAGAUGGUACUUUGCGGACAGAGACAAACCUUAGCAUGUGCCUCACUUGUAAUGACCUAACCCAAGGAAGCGACAUUCUCGUUCUCCCAUGCAACUUCAGUUCGUCUGAUUAUAUAUUUUGGAGAUAUAGGUCCUCUGAUUAUGCCAUUAUUAAUACUGCCAGUGCUUCUAAAGACCUGGUAAUGGAUUUGCGCGAAGGUCAAACAGAAGUCCCUCAACAAAUAUUUCUUUGGCAAUCCAAUGGUGGAGACAACCAGAUGUGGUAUCUAGUACCAUGA